GAGUGAGGUUGAGGAGUGUUCCCAAAAUCUCAAUAUCUUCAAAUCUAUCUGCAACUGCUAAUUUUCUCAUUUGAUCACAAAAAUGUCGACGAAACUUCAGAUAUUUACAGGAUUACCCCCAGCGCCAUUUCAAUCUUCUUCAUCCUCUUCCUCUACUCUUUGCAUACUCAAGAAGCCUCUCACCACUUCCUUUUUCGGUACCGGAGGAGUGGAAGUUCUUAAGCUUGAAGGUAUGAGGAUAGUGAAGCCUGUGCGAUCUACGCGUGGUGGAGGUGCUCUUGGUGCUCGCAUGAACCUCUUUGACAGGUUUGCCAGAGUUGUCAAGUCAUACGCGAAUGCUAUCGUAAGUUCCUUUGAAGAUCCGGAGAAAAUAUUGGAGCAAUCUGUGCUUGAAAUGAAUGACGACUUGACUAAAAUGCGUCAAGCUACAGCACAAGUAUUGGCAUCUCAAAAGCGGUUGGAAAAUAAAUACAAAACCGCACAACAAGCUUCUGAAGACUGGUACCGUAAAGCACAACUUGCUCUUCAGAAAGGUGAAGAAGAUCUUGCACGUGAAGCACUUAAGAGGCGUAAAUCUUAUGCAGAUAAUGCCAAUGCUUUGAAAGCUCAACUUGAUCAACAAAAGGGUGUUGUUGAGAAUCUCGUCUCUAAUACACGGCUUUUGGAGAGUAAGAUACAGGAGGCAAGGUCAAAGAAGGAUACUCUGAAAGCAAGAGCUCAAUCUGCAAAGACGGCAACCAAGGUGAGUGAGAUGCUGGGAAAUGUCAACACAAGUAGUGCUCUUUCAGCUUUUGAAAAGAUGGAGGAGAAAGUGUUGGCAAUGGAGUCCCAAGCUGAAGCUCUUGGCCAGUUGACUACUGAUGAUCUUGAAGGGAAGUUUGCAAUGCUUGAGAGCUCAUCAGUUGAUGAAGACCUUGCAAAUUUGAAGAAAGAAUUAUCUGGAGGCGCAAAGAAAGGAGAUCUUCCUCCUGGAAGAAGUGGUUCCAAUGCUGGAAUUCCGUUUCGAGAUGCUGAGAUUGAGAUGGAACUUGAUCAAUUGAGGCAGAGAGCAAAGGAAUAUUAAAGAAUGGAUUUUUCUUCUUCUUCAUAUUUUAUGCUUGAAUUUAGUUUCUUUAUUUCACAUAUCAACACUGUUCAGCCAAUAUUAAAAUAUUGUUUGACUAGUGACCGAAGGUUGGAUGGAAAAGUGAACUGAUUAGCCGCAUGCUUCUGGAGAUGAUGUUACAUUUAAAUACCUUCACCGUGAUGUUAUUGUAAUAUAUGUACAAUCAACAGUCCUAGUUUUUGAUUAAAAUGCAGGAGUAGCACACAGCUGUAUACAUUUUCUCCUUCAUUUUAUUAUCGACAAUUUUCACAAGGAGCUAUGAUGUAUCGAAUCAGAUAGUGGUUUUGAUUGCCUUUUGAGUUUGGAUGUACCUGUUGUUCAUAAAUCUUGUUAUGUUCA